AACAGGCGCUGCAAUACAUACACUGGAUGUGGCGGUCCUAGCACCAAGGACGCCAACGAUUACAUAUUUUGUAGGACAUUGUAUCUUUGAAUAAUUCAUUUUCGGCGGCAUUCAUGAAAUAACUUGAAAUUCAUAGCAGGAUUAAAUAAUGAUUUCGCCGUGGGACCGGUGGUACUCGACGAGCUGCUGCCUUUGCUGCCAUGUACGGACGGGCACCAUUAUUCUGGGAAUAUGGUACAUGCUCAUCAAUGCGGUGGUUCUACUCAUCUUGUUGUCGGCUCUCAAUGACCCAGUUCAAUACCGCUACCACCUUACCAGCUCUGAGCUGGGAACUGACAUUGAUGUCAUGGACGAUGCAAAUAUCUGCAUAGCCACUGCAAUAUCCCUGCUCAUGAUUCUUAUAUGUGGCAUGGCAACAUAUGGUGCUUACAAGCAACAUGCUGCUUGGAUCAUUCCAUUCUUCUGCUACCAAAUCUUCGACUUUGCCCUUAACACACUGGUAGCCAUUAGUGUGGUUGUUUAUCCCAACACGGUGCAGGACUACCUCCAGCAGCUGCCGGGGACAUUCCCUUACAAAGAGGACAUCAUGUCCACCAACAACAUGUGCCUAGUUUUUGCAGUCCUCCUCUUCAUUGGCUGCAUCCUCUCCUUCAAGGCCUACCUGAUUGGCUGUGUGUGGAACUGCUACAGAUAUGUGAGCGGCAGGGGCACCACGGAGGUUCUGGUUUAUGUCACCACCAACGACACCACGGUUCUGCUGCCACCAUACGAGGAGGCUAUCGCUAUACCACCGAAGGAGCCUCCUCCCCAGUAUAUGGAGGCAUGAGAGACGUCCUCUCUGCUGGACCCCAUACCCCAAACACCUACCACAUCUCGCUCCAACAGUAGGACCCCAACGCUGGCUGGAACAUUGAACACAGAACAGAACAAUUUCUUAGAGGCUGGUUUCAUCUUGGAUUCCUGCCAAUUUUAGAUUAGAUUAGGCUGACCCCGAACCAGUAUUGCCAUUAACUCCCCCCCACCACCACCACCCCUGGUUGUUGUGACGUACUCCUUCCCUCUCGUUUCCUCUGUCCUCCAAGGACAGUAUCGCAGCAACUCCAACUGCUACCCCCCCCCCCCCCCCCCUUGGCAGCUGCUUUCCCCUGGCAGCAUCUAAACUCUUGCAUGUCCUGAACACUCUGUCCCAACCUAAUUUGCACUUUUCUUUGAAGGAAACGUGCACCGGUUUGGCCACCAACUGUUAACCCCCCCAAUACUGUGAAUCUCCCUUGUGGUCUUUGUCUAGAAACAAACUACCUGAAAAGAGAUAGUGACAGAGAGAGUGAGAAGGAAAGCGACAUACAUGAUCAGUUAUGCAAGAGCACUUUUUUCAGAAAUUGACAAAUUCCUUCAUUGAAUGUAAUGUCGAGGUAUUUUUGUAUGACUUUUUUGUAAAAACUGAGAGAAAAAGAAGUGAAUAGUGAAAGGCUGUCCUGUUGGGAUAUCAUCUGUGUGCUGAUGUGCAUUGUCCUGCAGGAAAUCAUAUUGAAAAAUGUUCCUCGACUAAUAACAACUACGUCUUCCUUUUGUAUCCAUGUAACACACUGUCUGUAAACCUGUGAUCCAUAGACUGCCGGUGAAAAACCUUGUUCACCCAUUGAUUUCUAUCACAAUAUUCCAGUUUGUCUUCCCGUCCAUUUCCUGUCUGUUCCGAGAAAGGCUGGCAUUAAUGUAAUCAUCCAGAGAAGCACACAAACAUAAAUAUUUCUCACACUGCAGGUUCACAUCCAAAAAUGGCAAUACACAUCCUGUAAAAUCGAAAAUGUAUAAAAGUUAGUGUGUGAAAAUGUUUCAGUUAAGAUGUCCGUCUUGUGUUCCCGUCGAGCUGCAGCUUUAACAGCGUCGUCUGUGUCUUUAUUGUGUGUUUUUUUUACAUGGAUCAUGGUGUGUAAUCUGAUCUUUUUAGUUGAGCUAACUUAGCUGGACUGAGGGCAUUUUCCUAUAAAAGCUGCUGUACAUGCAGAGACUGUGUGUGCGUGCGUGUGUGUGUGUGUAUGUGUGCUUGCCUGAGCGCUACGUGUGAUGUUAUGGUGUAGCUCCUAUUUCCUUUUUUACGUAGUAACAUUUCCUUUGCACAUGCAGCGAUAUCGUAUUGAGAUAUUUCCUGUGCUUGUGACCUUGUUUUGAAAUUAACAAUGGAUGGGAAUCUAAAGCAUUGAUUUAGCUUAGCAUAGUAGCACAAAAUCAAUAUACAGUAUAUGGAUCUAGAGAAGCUAGGUGCUUGUCGUUUGCCGAGAAGUAUUCAAAUUAUAAAUUAUAAUGGAGCAAACCAUAUUAACCUAAUCCUUUUCUUUCCAAUAAUUCCUAUUCCUAAAGUCGUAUUUGCUAUUGACAGAAAAAAACAUUCAUCAGAGUUACAUUUUAUCCUUCAAACUAUGCAACCGUGCAUCCAACAACUCCUAGAAUACCAUGAAGUAGUUUUCCAUUUGAUACUAAUACUGUAGUUGAUUAUGUAGCCUAUUUGUCGUCCACUUCAUAAUUUUCCCUGUGUGAAUUAUGACCACUGCUUUUGCAAAUCCAACAAAGCUGAACAUUAAAUUGCACUUUUAAAGUCAGUGUGAGCUCACUGGGAACUGAUGUGUUUGUGUUUUUAUUUCAUCUUUACCACAAUAGGCUGUAGCUUAGUGGUUCUAAAUAUGAUCAGCUCCCUCUUCUGGGUGAUACAAGCGUCUUAACAUAAACAAAUCUACAUUUGCAUUGUGUGUUGUGACUGAAGGAGGAAUUUCAGCAGCAGGGUUUUGAGAGAAACGGCUUGUACAGACAUUUGGACCAGUGUAUGGCUGAUGCCUCCUUUUAUUAGAAUCUCUUUAAGACUGUUCUGCAUUGUUUUGCAUUCAAACACAUCCUCUUGUUGGAUCUGCAUGAGCUCAUGUCUUCAAUUCAAUAAUAAAAAGCAAAAUCAGUCAG